UAUACAUAUUUCUUUAUUAUUUUAUUUCUAUUCUUGGUUCUUUCGGUAAAGUCACGUAGAAGGGAAAUAAUAAAAUAAUAUAAAUAUAAAACAAUAAAGUCACGUAGAAGGGAAAUAAUAAAAUAAAAAAAAAUUGCGCGUAAUAAAAUACAAUUCCACACGACGUUUCGGCCCCGCGUAAUUCCCACUCGGACAUCGAGCAAUGGUGACGUCACAGCCCGAGGGGGGGGGGGGGAGGUCGGGGUGGACAGGAGCCCAGGCCAGCAGCCAGCCGGGGACACGCGAGGUGUGGAUUAUUUCUAACGGCCGUGCGAAAUCACCGUCAGGGCACUUGCCCGGGAGCGAUUUGCCCGGCAGUGGUGACUCUCCUGGCGUAGAGAGGCGCCGCCACCUCACGGUGCGGUCGGUGGACCAGCGGAUUGCGGCCAACCGGGCGCGGCACCGCACGAGCGACUACGAGGUGGACAACCUCGUGCUGCGCCGCGGGGAGCCCUUUGACCUGCAGCUCAAGCUGAACCGCCCCUACGACCCCAGAGAAGACAAGAUUCGCCUGGAACUGCAGAUCGGACGCUUCCCGCUGGAGAGCAGGGGCUCCCUUGUGGUGGCGGAGGUGAACAAAUGUAAGACCGAGAGCCGCUUCGGUGCCACGGUGUUGUACUCCGGCGGCAAGAAACUCACCAUCUCCGUCAACCUGGCUCCCAACUGCAUUGUGGGCCGGUUCGAGAUGUACGUCGUGACCGAGUCGAACGGACGGCUGAACAGGACCGAGAGGGACCCUGAUACGGACAUCUACGUGCUCUUCAACCCGUGGUGCAGAGAGGACCAGGUGUUCAUGCGCGACGAGUCGUGGAGGCGGGAGUACGUGCUCAACGACACGGGCUGCCUCUACCUGGGCACGAGCGAGCAGAUCGUGACGCACCACUGGAACUUCGGGCAGUUCGAGCGCGGAAUCCUGGACGUCUGCCUCUCCCUCCUUGACAAGGGGGACCUGGGCAUGAGUUCCCGCGGGAGCCCCAUCGCCGUGUCUCGCACCGCCUCUGCCAUUGUGAACGCCAACGACGAUCGCGGCGUGCUGAAGGGCCGCUGGUCGGGACGCUACAAUAACGGCGUUCCGCCCACCGCGUGGAACGGCAGCGUCGACAUCCUCCUGCGCUACGGCCGCACGGGACGUCCCGUCCGCUACGGCCAGUGCUGGGUGUUCUCCGGCGUGAUCGUCACCGUUCUCCGCUGUCUGGGCAUCCCGUGUCGCAGCAUCUCCAACUUCUCGUCGAUGCACGACCAGAAUGCGAAUCUGACCAUGGACACUUACUUGGACCAGGACAUGUGGCCCAUCGACUCGCUGAACCACGACUCCAUCUGGAACUUCCACGUGUGGAACGAGGCGUGGAUGGCGAGGCCCGAUCUGCCGGGCAACAACGACGGCUGACAGGUCGUGGACGCGACGCCGCAGGAGCAGAGCGACGGCCUCAUGCAGUGCGGGCCCGCACCGCAGGUGGCGGUCAAGAACGGCCACGUGCACAUCAAGCACGACACCCCCUUCGUCUUCGCAGAGGUCAACGGCGACCGCGUGUACUGGGUCUGGGGCAAGGACUGGAGGUUCCACAAGGUGUACACCGACACGUCCGUCAUCGGCAAGGACAUCAGCACCAAGGCGGUGGGCAGCAUGCGGCGAGAGGACAUCACCCUGCAGUACAAGUUCCCCGAGGGAUCAAAAGAGGAACGCGAAACGAUGGCCCGUGCCAUGGCGGGAGGUAUAGACUUCGUUACCUACUCCCCGUCGACACCUGCGGACGACGCGCUGCGCGGGCCGGCCGUGACGUCCCGGGCGUCUGCCUCUGACGAUGUCGUCGCAGAGAGACGUGGACGCGACCGCCAGGUCGUGACCCUCUCGUUCGCCAUCGGCGACGCGGCGGUGGGCGGCGACUUUACGGUGAAGGUCCUCGUCGCGAACGACGAAGGGGUCGCCGCCGCCGCCGUCGCCACCGUGACGGUUCACGUGCAGGGGGACUUCGCCUCCUACACGGGAGCCACGCGGCAGCGAUUCAAGAGGGACACGGCUACUGCCGUGCUCAAGGCCGGCGAGGCGAGCACGGCACCAUGA